UAGCAUCCUAUUCCCUUUCUUUCCCUGUCUCCUUCCUAUUUUCUUUUCUUUUUGCAUCUUAUAUUUCUCUACAACCCUUGACUAUCAUUAAUAGCACGACAUCUCUACCUCGCAAAGCGAUAGUGUUUUGCCGCCCUCCUUGACAACGCCCACAGCGACCAACUUCAAGUUUACCAACUCAGCUUUUCCUUCUGUUAUAUAUACUACUCUAUUAGUAUCAUAAAACUCAAGAUGCUUUCCGCAAGAUACGGUGCUCUGGGGGCGACUUUCCAGAUCUCACGCCUCUUCCAAGUUUGUUCUCUCAUCGCCAUCAUUGGGAUGACGGCCAAUUUCAUCUCUGAGAUCAUCGGUGACGACCUGACACCCCCAAGCGUUCUAAUUGGAACCAUCAGUGUGACUUCCAUCGCGGCCAUCUACUGCAUCAUCUCCACUAUUCUGUUCAUGGAUAAUAUCCUUCCAUUUCUCCUCGGUGCCAUCACGGACGGGCUGGUUCUUAUCGCUGUCAUCGUGGUGGCGGUUGUGGUGGGCAAGCCGGUGUCGUAUCUGGAGUGCAAUGUCAUCGGGGAUUUGACAGGAGACAGCACAUCCGCGUAUGACUUCACCGUGACUCUAGAGAAUGCUCUGAAUGAGGCGGGGGGCAGGAUCAAAUACAGCGACUGGAUUGGAGCGUCCAAGGCGAUCUGUUUGGAGACGAAGGCGAUUUGGGGAUUGACUAUUGCGCUGUGCAUCCUGUUCUUCUUCUCCACCAUCUGUAGCGUCUGUCUGUGGCGCCAGAAGAAGCUCAACUCCGGCGAGAAGCUCGAGGGAUAAAUAACAGCAAAGGCAUUGCACCAUUUGAGCCCUGGAGGCGAUGGGAUACGGCUGGGUCAGCACUUACGUACUUGACAAGCACAUUCACAGGACGAGAAUCAUGGAGGAUUAAUAAUAGGUCGGGUCGGCUUUCUGUCAAA